GCAAAACUAUCCAAUCUGAAGACGGACUGACAGGGUGAGCCUUCCCCUCGAACUGUACCAGUCCAUGUGGUGAAGGUGAUUAGAGUUAGCAUCGGGGAGGGUGUUUGAGGAGUCGGAUUAAAAAAUUCUCGAACCUGCUGGGGACAGUUUAUCGCCAUGGAAACCUGAAUUAUUCACCGGAUGGAAAUUCUGUCAUUAGCCCAGUUGGAAAUCGAGUCACGGUCUUUGAUUUGAAAAACAACAAGUCGGAGACUCUGCCAUUUGCUGCCCAGAGAAACAUUGUGUGUGUGGGGCAGUCUCCAGAUGGACACCUGGCUAUCCUGGUCGAUGAAGAAGGGGCUGCUUUGUUGGUCAGUUUGAUCAGCAAGUCUGUGCUGCAUCAUUUCCAUUUCCACGCUCGCGUCCACAGUGUCAGCUUCUCACCUGACGGCAGGAGAUUUGUCGUGAGCAAGGACAAUGUUGUUUUGAUGUAUCACGCUCCUGGCAAGACCCGGGAGUUUAACGCCUUCGUCCUGGAUAAAAGUUACUUUGGACCCUAUGAUGAAACGACUUGUAUCGACUGGACUGACGAUUCAAAGUGUUUUGCAGUGGGCAGUAAGGACAGCAGUACCUGGGUGUUCGGAGCUGAACGCUGGGCCAACCUCAUUUACUACUCCUUGGGGGGACACAAGGAUGCCAUUGUUGCCUGCUUUUUCGAAGGGAAGAGUUUGGAUAUCUAUACACUGAGUCAGGAUGCUACCCUCUGCGUGUGGGAGUGCGACACAGAAACCCAGGAUCUCCAACCCCAACUCCCCAAGAGCAGCAAGAAAUUAGACAGCGAUCAGAGCGAAGAAUUCGGGGCGCAAAACAGGGAAGUGAUUCAUGGGAAGAGGGAAUCCGAGCAGGAGCGGAUUGGGAAAGUGAAAUAUACACGUGUUGGAAAGUAUUUCUUCAAUAAAGAGAAGGAUUUCAAUGACCUGACAGCUGCUGCCUACCACAAGAUAACUCACCUCCUGGUCACUGGCUUUGCUUCAGGGAUAUUCCACCUUCAUGAGCUGCCAGAAUUUAACCUCAUCCACUCCCUCAGUAUUUCAGAGCAGAGGAUUGAGUCCAUUUCCGUUAACGUGUCCGGGGACUGGAUUGCCUUUGGGUGCCCAGGUCUGGGGCAGCUCUUGGUAUGGGAGUGGCAGAGUGAGUCCUAUGUGCUCAAACAGCAAGGACACUUCAACAACAUGGUUACCCUGUCCUACUCUCCAGAUGCUCAAUAUGUCGUCACAGGGGGAGACGAUGGGAAGGUGAAGGUUUGGAAUAUGAGCAGCGGUUUCUGCAUCGUGACAUUUACUGAACACACAGGCGGUGUUACCGCAGUGACUUUCAACUCCACUGGCUUUGUGGUGCUCAGUGCCUCUCUGGAUGGGACAGUCCGAGCAUUCGACCUUCACAGGUAUCGAAAUUUCCGCACAUUCACAUCACUGAGACCAGUUCAAUUCACCUGUUUGGCUCUGGAUACGAGUGGGGAGAUUGUCUGUGCUGGUUCACAUGAUUCCUUCGAAGUAUUCGUGUGGUCGAUGCAAACUGGCCGCUUGCUCGAUGUUCUGGCAGGACAUGAAGGUCCGAUCAGCAGCCUGAGCUUCAGCCCAUCGCACACGCUCCUGGCUAGUGCUUCAUGGGAUAAGACGGUGAAAUUGUGGGAUAUGUUUGACAGCUGGAAAACCAAAGAAACCCUUGUCCUGAAUUCUGAUGUCCUGGACGUCGCGUUCCGCCCAGAUGGGAAGGAGUUGGCAGUUGUCACACUGGAUGGUCAGAUCACCUUCUGGGAUCAUCAGAACGCAGAGCAGAUCGGCUCCAUCGAAGGCCGCCAUGACCUGCAAAUGGGCCGCAAGGAACUGGAUAAGAUCACAGCGAAGCAGGCAGCCAAGGGCAGGUCGUUCUCCACCCUGUGUUACUCGGCGGAUGGACAGUCAGUGCUGGCUGGAGGACACUCCAAGUUUGUUUGUAUUUACAAUGUUAAAGAGCAGCUCCUUGUGAAGAGGUUUGAGAUAUCCUGUAACCUGUCUCUGGAUGCAAUGGAGGAGUUUCUGGAUCGUAGGAAGAUGACAGAGUUUGGGAGUCUGGCUUUGAUAGACGAUGGUGCUGGAGAUGAGCAUGGAGUGGCGAUCAGUCUGCCAGGAGUAAAGAAAGGUGACAUGAGUUCACGCCACUUUAAGCCGGAAAUCCGAGUGACCUGUCUUCGCUUCUCUCCAACAGGCAGAAGCUGGGCAGCCACAAGCACCGAGGGUCUCCUGAUUUUCUCGCUGGACGGUUCUGUUGUGUUCGACCCCUUUGAUCUGGAUGAGGAAGUCAAUCCGAGCAUUAUACGCCGUGUGCUGCGUAAGAAAGAAUUCACAGCUGCCAUCAUGAUGGCGUUCCGUUUGAAUGAAGACAAGCUGACUCUGGAAGUGCUGGAGAGUGUUCCUCAUGCUGAUAUUGACCUUGUGUGCUCGACGCUGCCUCUGUUGUACGUGGAGAAGCUUCUGCAGUUUGUGGCCUCAGCAUUGGAGACUUCCCGGCACCUGGAAUUCUUCCUGACUUGGGCUCAGCGGUUACUCACUUUACACGGACAGAAGCUGAAGGCCAGGUCAGUGGUCUUGCUGCCAAUGAUCCAAUCUCUGCAGAGGAGUAUCCAGCAUCACUUUGACACAGUGUCUAAACUGUGUGACUGGAAUCGCUACAAUAUACGGUACACACUUGCGCUAUCCAAGCAGCGAGGAAUGAAGCGUCCAGCGGAAAUAGCCGAGAGCGAAGGAGAGAGUAAUGGCUAUGAAGAGGCCACAGAGCAACUGAUGGAUGCAAGUGACUGAGAGCUGACAAUACUCAAGAGUGGAGGCGGUUGCUGCCUAUCCUCCAGCAAUAUACCACAGCGCUUCCAUCACAUUCUCUCUUGAAGCAGCUACAACAGAAGAACAGUGGUUAGGAGCUGCUCUAACAUAAUAUGGAGGCUACAACCCAUGUAGGAUAUACAAGGCACGGGGUAAGGAUUGAAAACACAGCACGCUCAGUGAAUGGGAAUAUGUCCUUAAUUGAGAACCUUCAGGGCUAACUGGUGGGGAAACGGAGGAAGAUUGGAGGAAAGGAGUGAUGCAGCUUUAGCCAACACUUUGCUGGACCUAUCCUGGGAUUGAUGGAGGCAGUGUUAAGGGAAAUUUACUCUGUAUCUAACCCCGUGCUGUACCUGUCCUGGGAGUGUUUGAUGGGGAUGUGUAGAGGGAGCUUUACUCUGUAUCUAACCCUGUGCUGUACCUGUCCUGGGAGUGUUUGAUGGG